AUAAUAAAUACCUAAGUACAAAAAUGUUUGACCUAAGAAAUCAAUUCUGAAAAUAUUAUCAUUGAAAUAUUAUAGAUUUUUACUUUUUAACUUGGAAUCCGUUGAAUUAAAACAUGGAGCUGGUAAAGAAAACUUUCGUGUUUGGCAAACUUAACUAUCGAAGUAUAUCAAUAGCGACCCCCAAAUACAAGGAUGCCAACCGAACCCCUACCUCGGCGUAUCAGGACAAAUGGCCUAAACGUAUCAUAUCGGGAAUUCAACCAACCGGUUCGUUGCAUGUGGGAAAUUAUUUCAGUGCAAUGAGACAGUGCAUCGCACUGCAAGACAAGGGUGAAGAUGUGAUGAUGUUUAUUGCCGAUCUCCACGCCUUAACAGUGCCCCAGAAUACCAAUGAGAUAGCUGAGAAGACACUAGAAGUAGCGGCAUAUUUAAUUGCGAGCGGGCUGGACCCGGAGCGCAGUGUACUGUUCGUACAGUCGGCGGUACCGCGCCACUCCGAGUUGUGCUGGAUCCUGACUUGCAUGGCCACUCACGCUCGACUCGCGCACCUCCCACAGUUUAAAGAAAAAUCGGCCACCAUGAAGGAGGUACCCAUGGGGCUGCUACUUUAUCCGGUGUUGCAGGCGGCGGAUAUCCUGCUGUACCGUGGCACGCACGUUCCUGCGGGUGCAGACCAGCUGCAGCACCUGCAGGUGGCAUCGCAGCUGGUGCGCACGUUUCACCACCGAUACGGACAGCUCUUCCCAACGCCGAGGCCCAUCCUACCUGAUGAGCUGUGUGAAAGAAUUAAAAGUCUAAGAGAUCCAACUAAGAAGAUGUCCAAAUCUGAUUCUGAUUCCAAAUCAAGGAUAUUACUUAGCGAUUCUGACGACACCAUAAAAUUAAAAAUUAGAAAAGCUGUCACUGACUUCAAUCCAGAGGUGAGCUACUGCGAGUCGUCGCGGCCGGGAGUGUCGAACCUGGUGGCGCUGCACUGCCUGGCGGCGGGGCUGGUGCCGGAGGAGGCGGUGCUGCAGGCGGAAGGGCUGACCACGGCGCAGUACAAGCGCGAGGUGGCCGCGGCGCUCGUAGAGCACCUGCGUCCGGUGCGGGAGCGCGCGCUGCAGCUGCUGCGCCGGCCCGCGCUACUGCGCGACGUGCUCCGCUCCGGCGCGACCCGUGCGCGCGCGAGAGCCGACGUCCUGCAUCACGACUUGAUGCUACGACUUCGUCUUUCUCCCGAUGCCGAUCUCAAAGUGGACACUGAUAUUUUGACAAAUACGACUGCUGUCCGCCAGUGAUCACAUGAAAACCUCCCCUACCUGAGCAUAGCGAGUAGCGACAGUGCUAAGUAGACAAUAUUUAAUUUCCUUUGUAGGUAUUUAUUAUAGAUAGUUUUGUCGUUAUUCUACUCGUUUUAUGUUUAAUUAGUAACAUUGUUUGUGUAACAUAUUAUUAUUUAAA